UUUAAGAUAUCAAUAUCAGUAAAAAAUAUUUAUUUAACAUGUAUAAUUUAAUUGCUUAAUUACAGUUAUUAAAAGUAAAUUGAUAAAAUUUUUAAAUGAAGUACUGAAUAGAAGUCCCAAGAGACUUCCGGAGAGGGAGAAGACGGAGUACACUUGCAAAUCGAAGCAUGGCUGUUCUCUUCUCCUCUCCACUCGCUUCUCUUUCUUCUUCUUCACCAUCGAUGCCUCUCGCAUUUACUGCUAACCUAGUUUCCCGGCUGUCUCUGAAGCCUAUGGCUUCCCACACUAAAUCUUUCAACGGGCUUUGUUUUCAAAUAACAUCGAUCGUCACCGGAAGGCAUGCGAUGAUCAUUAAAGCAUCUUCUUCUGAAAAUGAGUUAACGGAUUCGAAUGGUGGAAUUCCUAACUCAGAGAGUGACGACGAAGAGAGCUUGCCACUUGAUAAACUCCCUUUGGAGUCGAAGCUACAGCUGAAACUGGAGCAGAAGAUGAGGAUGAAAAUGGCCAAAAAGAUACGGCUUAGAAGGAAGAAGCUCGUUCGGAAGCGGAGGAUGAGAAAGAAAGGUCGAUGGCCUCCUUCGAAGAUGAAAAAGUCGAAGAACGUCUGAUCUCUUCAGGUUUAUUCUUCGCCUCCUUUCCUUCUACAACUCUGGAAUAUAAUUUACAAUUGUUUUGUGGUCAAAUUUGCUAAUCGAAUUCUCAGAAAGGAAUUGUUGAUAGGAAAACAAAUGAUUGGUUCAACUUAUGAAAUGUUUGUGAGAGAGGCUAGCAACUCUCCAGAGAAGCCAAGGGAUUAUAUAGAUGUGUUUCGGGAACAACUUUCUUGUGAUGUUUUGAUUCAAUUUCUACUUCUACUCUUCUUACUUAGAACACAAUCACCUCACUUUGAAUUUCCUUGUGGAUAAGAAUUCAAUUCCUAA